ACCCUUGCAAGAGCAAUUUAUGAUAGAAUUUUCAAUCAAUUUGAAGGUUGCAUAUUUUUUGAAAAUGUUGGAGAAGAUUUGAAAAGACAAGGUAUUGAUGGCUUACAAGAGAAAUUUCUUUCAAAAAUAUUAGGAUGUAAAAAUCUAAGUUUAACUGGACGCACUUUAACAAAGGCAAGAUUCUACUCCCGAAAAGUCCUCCUUGUCCUUGAUGAUGUAAAUGAUUCAAUAAUAUUAGAAAAGUUAGUUCCACAAUGUGAUUGGUUUAGUCUUGGAAGUAGAAUCAUUAUAACAAGUAGGAAUAAAGACUUGUUAAGCAUGCAUGGAGUAAAGGAAACAUACAAGGUCCAGAAAUUAGAGGGCAAUAAAGCUAUGAAGCUCUUCAGUCGUUAUGCAUUUAAACGAGACCAUCCCAUAGAGGAUUUUAUGGAGCUAUCUAAAGACGUACUAGUGUAUACUCAAGGUCUUCCAUUAGCUCUUAAAGUUUUAGGCUCUCUUUUGUUUGGUAGGAGCAAGCAUGAAUGGGAAGGUGAAUUGGAUAAACUGAAAAGAAUUCCUAAUAUAGAGAUUCAGAGAGUGCUUCAAAUAAGCUAUGAUUUUCUAAAUGACAAUGAAAAGGAUAUAUUCCUAGAUAUUGCUUAUUUCUUUUUGUGGGAGGACAAUGAUUAUGUUACAAAAAUCUUAGAUAGUUGCAACUUUUUCCCAAUUAGUGGAAUAAAAGCCCUCAUAAAUAAGUCUCUCACAACUAUUUCUGAUAACAAGCUAAGAUGCAUGAUUUACUACAAGAAAUGGGUAGAGAGGUUGUUCGCAAAAAGUCCCCUAAAAUGCUUGGCAAAUGGAGUAGGUUGUGGAAUCAUGAGGACAUUUCUUAUGUGUUGAAAAAAAAUAUGGGAACAAAAGAAGUUGAAGGCAUAUUCCUCAACUUGUCUCAUUUGGAAGAGAAACUAGAAUUCACAACUCAAGCCUUUGUGAGGAUGAAUAGACUUCAAUUACUUAAAGUCUAUAAAGAUGACAUUUCAAGAACCUUCCAAGACACCUCCAAAAAGGCAAAUUGUGAAGUGCACUUUUCCCAAGACAUUAAAUUUCAUUAUGAUGACUUAAGAUUACUAUAUUUCCAUGGAUACCCAUUAAAUUCAUUGCCCAUUGAUUUAAAUCCAAAGAAUCUUUUUGACCUCAGCAUGCCUUAUAGCCACGUUAAACAAUUGUGGGACGGAAUCAAGGUUCUAAAAAAAUUAAAAUUCAUGAAUCUCAGUCACUCUAGAUAUCUACGAGAAACCCCGGAUUUCUCUGGGGUCAUCAACCUUGAACAGUUAGUUCUUGAAGGUUGUAUAUCUUUGCGUGAGGUUCAUCCUUCUCUUGUAGUUCUGAACAAACUCAAAUUCCUGAGUUUGAAGAACUGCAUAAUGCUGAAGAGUCUUCCAAGCAACAUUUAUAAUCUAAAAUCUCUCGAAACCUUUGAUGUUUCUGGUUGCUCAGAUUGUGUGAACUUAAAGUGGCUAAAGGAGCUCUAUGCAGACAAAGGAACACCAUCUGCCUCACACUUGAUGCCAAGGAGUUCAAAUUCCAUUUGUUUCAUGUUGCCUCCUUUCCCAGUUUUGUGUUCCUUAACAAAACUAAACCUAACAAACUGCUUUAUAUCAGAUGGCGCAAAUCUCGGUAAUCUUGGCUUCUUAUCUUCGCUGAAAUCCUUAAAUUUGAGCGGAAACCUCUUUGUUACUUUGCCUUCAAGCAUCAACCAACUUUCUCAACUGAAAUGGCUGGGGUUGGAAAAUUGCAAAAGACUUAAAACACUGCGGGAGCUUCCAUCAAGCAUAGAAGAGAUCAAUGCACAUAAUUGCACAUCAUUAACCACACUUAGCUCUGGCUUCAAACUGAAGGGGGAUCCCUUGUUGCCCCCUCUUGAGCCUGCUUCCCCAGAGCUAGAAACCAGUAUUCCAGAGUUGUUAAAAGCUGCAUUCAGCCUUGUUAUUCCUGGGAGAAGAAUACCAGAUUGGAUCAGGAAUCAGGACUGCAGUAGUGAAAUAGAAUUAGAGCUACCUCCAAGUUGGUUUAAUUCCAAUGUCCUGGCUUUUGCUUUUGCUGUAGUCUAUAAUUUCCCUCUUCCUCUCAGUCCCAGGAGUAGUGGUUGGGUUAGUGCAGACUGCAACUUCUAUUCCCAUCACAGUUCUUGGCACUAUGCUGUCUAUCCUCAGACUACUCUAAGGGGAGGAUUGGAGUCAGAUCAUUUGUGACUGCUUUGUGUACCAUUUCCCUCUUCUAUCAAUUUUGAUGAAGUGAUUCGAAUUAAGGCUUCAUUUGACAUUUUACUCCGAAUAGGAGUUUGUGCAAUUAAGAAGUGUGGGAUUGAUCUAGUGUACAGGAAUGAAGAGGUGAAUGGCAACAAUAUAACAAUGAUCCAAUACAUCUCUCCUCCUCCUAAUUCAACUCUUCUCCUUGAAGAAAUCCAUGAGGGGGAUUCCAGUGGAAAUGGGUGGUCUUAUGAUGGCUCAGAAUCAGAGAAUUCUGACUACUAUAGUUGUGAUGGGGAAACCAGUGAAAGUGGGUGGUGGUGUGAUGAUUUAGAAUGAGAGAUGCAGCCAGAGAAACGCUUGAAAUGGAGCUCUAAUCAGGACAAUGAGGAUUCAAGUGGUGAAUGACAAUAAUCUAACACUAACCUAAUUCAACUUUUAUCUGUCCUCACAAUUCAACUCUCCUCCUUGAAGCCCUAACACAUUUGGAGGACCCACACAUACAAUGAUAGAGGCAAAGGCCAAAUCAAUUCAAUUAUGGUAUUGCUUCUUGCCUCUCCGUUUUGGAUCACACCAUAUCUUGGUAUGUAACAUUGUUUCUCAGCACGUACGAGUCUGUAGUAUGAAUAAAAGAAUAUGCCAUACCACUGCUUGAUAUAGGUUUUGCUUUUAAUAUUUAAUUAAAUUGUAUAUGUGAUUAAUUAAUAUAUAUAAAGGAUCUAAUUGAUGAUGUAGGUCUGCAGCCAAUUAAUCUCAUGUUUGUGGUUUCUUCAUUGGUGAUUUAAGUUAGCAUAUUCUUGGAGAGUACAUAUCAUCAAUCCUAAAGGAGCCCAAUGGGAUUUACUUCUGUUUGGGUAAUUAGUUAAAGACUAGCUAUUACUGGUUCAUUUAAGAAUGGGCUGGCUCAAAAUGAAUUUAUGUAAAACCAAUCAAGUAGCAAAAUGGAUAGUUUGGAACAGUUUACUUAGUGUCUAAGACAUGUUUAUGAUUAAUUUGAGGGAUACUCGAGCUUUUGGUGAGAGUCAAAUCUGAGCUUUAUUAAUUAAGUUCUUUGUCUUGGUUUAAUUCAAAUUUAAUUUUUAGGUCUUGAUAGAUCUGGCCAUUCCAUUCUAGGUUUAGCAUUUGAUUAAUGUUUGAUUUUAUUGAGCAUUCCUGGAGCUUGCAUCAUCUGUAAAAGGAAUAGAUGCAUACAAGUUGCGCAUAAUCAGAAACAUUUUCAAGUUCAUCAAUGAAUACAUCUCAGUUUGUAUUCAGAUUUGCUAACUGCUCAAACUGAAUUGAUGCAGCAAAAUAGUGGAUGCUACAGUAAUACAAGGGAGUCCUGGUAAUCUAUUUUGUGAAUUCAAGUCGAUAUGAUGAGAUCUUCAUUCCCUGAAGCCAGUUACUUCAUCAUAUUUGUUAAGCUGAUGGUCACUUGUCGUUGGAGGAUGAACCUGGUGACAGUUGUAAUAGAUGUCUUUAAGUGGCUGAGUAAGUUGAGAAGCACUGAAGCCUCGUUGAAUAUAGAUGGCAUACCUGACCAAGUAACCAAACAGAGGGAACAAAUUCAUUCAAGAAUGGCAUUAGCGUCUCCACCCUUUAUUCUGUUGGUAUCCAUUGUGAAUCUCUCAACUUCGUGGUAAGUUACUAAUUGGAAAUAUUAAUUCGUCAUUCCAUACACUUUUGAUAAAACUAUGGAGGAUUUGAACUCAAAUGGAGUUUGCUUUUGGUGUGACAAGUGGAGUAGCUGCCACAAGUUCAUAUGGACUAAACCUAUGGUAUGUACUUUGGCUAGGAUUUUCAGUAGGAAUAGGUACCAUGACACAGUUGCUUGGCCUGAGAUAAUUCAAACCAAGCUCUCUUUGGGCUUGAAUUUGUGUUGGUUUUGGUUAAAGUUCUUAGCUUAGAUGUUGUAUGGCUUGAUUUCCAAAAAAUAGCCUGACAUAUAAUUAUAUCUGCAGACAUCCUAUGAAUACUUAUACAUUUGUGCUGCGCGUUGAAUUCAUUAAUUUAGUAUGAACUACAUAGCUUCUAAAAAGGAUUUUAACCCUGUUCAGCCAUCCGUGUCCUUUUUGAAGAUCUCAACCAAUCAGUCUGAGAAGAUACCAUAUUCCAGAAAAGGCUUGAUGAUUUCUACCAUGGAUAACCCAGCGUAAGUUGUUUCUCUAGUAAUGACUCAGACACUUGCAACCUUGAGAUGUAGCCAAAGUUUACGAUUUCUAACUGUUUCAAUGCUGCAUACUGAGUUUCUUCAUUCUGGUCAUGACUGAAGCCGUAACACAUUCAAAGGACCCACUGAUACCAUGAUAGACCUAAAGGGCAUGCAAAUCAAUUCAAGAAUAACAUUAGCUUCUUGGUUCCUGUUCAUUUAUACCAUUUGGUUUCUUGGGAUGUCAUUAUUUUUCUUACUUAAUGAUAUGUUGUUUGUUGCUUAUUGUAAGUGUUUAGCUAGGUUGGAAAUUUUGGACAGAAUUCCUAAAUAUCUCCUAACUCGAUUUUUCCAAUCCUUCUUCGAACUACUUGCCUAAUGAAGAUUAAGUUAUUGAAUUUGUCAAAAAACCAAAGUAUGUAGUUGAGGUUGAAGUUGGAUGGAAUUGAAUCAACCAUAUUAUUUAAAUAUUGUUUUUCUUAAAAUAUUUUUGAAGGAGAAUUUUUUUAAGUUAGGAAGGCUUGCAAAGCUUUUUUUUUUACUAAGUGUUCAAAAUACCCUAUUCUAGGAUUGAUCCAACUUCAGGUCGGAUCGAUCCAGGUUGCACUUUCUUGAUGAAAUCUCAUCAAUUGGAUUAAGGGUUUCCUUCAUUUAAAAGCCUAAAAUUGCUUCUUGUGCUAUAGAGAAAGACACAGCAACAACCAUCUUUUUUGGUUCUCUUCUCCUUUCCUAAUUUAGGGUGUUUGGUUGCCAAGACAAUCCAACUUUCCUAUUGUUUUCCAAAUUGUUUUCAAUGAAUUUUUUUGAGAAAAAGAUGGGUUGAUUCUUCAUUCGUUCAUCUCUCAAUUUUGAAACUAUUGGGUUUGGGUAAAAACCCAUUUUCUUCUUGUGUAGAUUCAAGAAGAGGCCGCGAUUGAGCUUGGUGUGGACUCCAGGUGUGUUCCAAAAGAAGAAGGUAAGAAGCUAAAAUUGAAAGGUGUUAGUCAAGUGGCUUGAAAAGGAUUGGUAGGUUUGAACUAGGUAAAACCUUGUAUUCAGUUUUUGUUUUUCAUAGUGGACAUUUUCGAUCAGGGUGUAAAAAUCAAAGUAAAAAAUUCCGCACUUCUAUAAAGGCAAGACUUCUGGGUUUAACAUGGAGCACUACGAUAAAGGCAAGACUUCGUGCUGAACAAGUCCUUAUUGUUCUUCAUUACGGGAAUGAUUCAAUAGUCAGCAGCAAUACCAAUGCCUCCAUGUUGAUUUUAGUAGUAGGUUCUUGGAAUCUCCUGUAUGUGCUGUUUUUGAAGUCCUGUGAGGAUGUGUUCCAUGACAGCCCUGUUACUAUAUUUUGUGAAUUGAAGUUGAGUGAUCUUCGUUCCUGUGAAGUUGGCUGCUUCGGCAAUCCCCUGAACUGGGGUGAUGGAGUGGUGAGGGUGAUCAUUCCAGCGGAAGUUGAAGGAGAAGAAGCAGGAAAGGGAAAACCCUAAGAAUGGAAGAUUUUGAAGAUAGGAGGUGAUCGAUAAGGACUGACUCUCACCGCCUGCCAAGGAGCUGAAGCUUUUGAAUUAAAAGGUGUUUUCUUGUAAUAUAAUAGUAUAUUCUUGGACUGAUUUAAAUGCUCUAUUUUGAUUUCAUCUGCACGGUUCUAAUCAAUGUUAAAAACUUGAAUAUUGUUUUAUU